AUGUUGACCGUUCGUUCACUCCUAGUCCUUGGGUUGUUGUGGGCUGUUGAGGCAGCGCCGCAGAAUCGGGGUGGUAGGGGUGGUAGGAAUGGCGGCGGACAGACGGCACAAACUGCUCAGGACCAAGCCGCCCAGAUCCCGCAGGGUAUCUCUCAGGCAACAGAUGGUUCAACCAUCGUGGACACCACCGCAACUAUCAACGGCCUCGACAUCCGCUUCAAGAUCUCCGGCCCCGCCGACCAAUUCACAACGGCCUCAGGUGUUGAUGGAGCCACCCAAGUCGCCGGCGCCCAAGGUGCUAACGGCCUCAACGUGCUUCUUCACGGCGAUGGAGGUCAAAGCUUCUUUGACAUGCCUAAUCAAGCCGUACAAGGCAACCUCAUGGGCGUCGCCGUUCUUGCCCCCGACCCGAACCUCUUCUGGGGCGGCGGCUCGGGCCUGGACCGCACUGACGGCGUAGCCCACGCCCAAGCGGUCAACGACCUCAUCACCGACGUGCUCCCACAGAUGAUGGCGUUCAACAGCUCCAACGUCUUCUUCACGGGCGUGUCCGGUGGCAGUCUACUCCUCAGCGGUUUCUUUGUCCCCGCGCACAUGACGAAUUUUAAAGGCAACGGCGUGAUGCUAAACUGCGGUGCUUUAACACCACAAGUGAAUUUCGUGGAUGCCGACGCCGUCAUGGCCAGCACACGGAUUCAUUACCAGAGCACGCAGCAGGAGUUGACGCUGCUGCAGCCUGCGAUCCCUGAGGCAAUCCAGACAUACGAGCAGGCGGCUACGGCCGCGGGGCUGAGCGUGGCGCAGAUCGGGCAGCUGCAGACUGUGGAUAAUACGCCCAAUUCGGGACAUUGCGAGUUUGAUGGCGCGGACUUUGUCAAUGGCGUGCAGUUGAUGGCCAAUAGCUAUGCGGCCAUUAUGCAGGGCGGGAAUGGCCGUGUGGAUGGGAUUGGGAGUGUCUUGAACCCCGUGCCGGGGAACGAGAACUUGCAAUUUGCGGCUGCGAAUAAGCGGGGGAUGGAUAUGAAGCUGAAGAUCUGA